AGAAGAAACCUACUUCUCUGUUGUCGAAAGGAGCUUUUACUUCACGACCGCAAACAUUAACGUAUAUGAUAAAUCUGAACAGUCUUUGAAGAUAUUGAGAUUUAAUUUUAAGAAGAAUUCAUCGAAGACGAAGUUUGACGAUAUGGUAGAGGACCAAGACUACCAGUAUGAAGAAAUGCUUUCGCAGUCAGAACGGAAAGACCAAAAUCUUGAGUCAGACAUUGAUAUGGUUGAAAGAGAAAUCAAAAGAAAGAAUGAGAGAAUCAUCGAAUUGGAAUUAAUGCUAGAAGAAAAGCAAGAUUGGUUCAAUCUGAAGUCUCAAAUGGUAAAGAAGCUUGAAGGUGAACUUAAUUAUGUUCAUGCUCGUCACCCAGAACGUUUUACCUUUGACGACGCCGGAACAAGCUUGGUACCUAAAUCAUUGGAACAAACAUUAAAAGAUCUCGAGCGAGAAGAGAGAGAAGAAGCAUUCCGUACAAAGUACAUGCCCGUUUAUCAUAGAGAAACGGAAAUAUUCCGUAAAUAUGGACAAUACCCAACUAAUGUCUCGUAUUUUACUGAGGUAUCUAUGGCAUCAGAAUUUUUAAAGAAGAAAUAUUUAGAGGCGUUUGGCGAGUGUUUUUCUUUUGAUUACAAAAAGAAGUCUUUUCCAUUAAAACAAGACCCUAUCCCUCGUAAACACAUCAGACCAUCUCAGUCAUCGUUUAUACAGCGAGAGGGUAACAGGAAAUUCUUAGUUUCCGGUCAUCUUGGUGAGACAGAGCUACUCCCAGCUGUCACAGAGGCAUGUGAUCUGGAAAGGUUUUCUGAAAUUCCAGCAAACAAGUCUUUAACCGGGUUGGAUGAUUUAAAAGUUACGUAUGCAAUAGAAAAUUUAACCAGGGAUAAGAAUAGUGAAUAUGAUGAAGAUUGCGACUGGAAAGACAUGACAUCGAUAAACAUUGCCUAUGACCUCAAAUUUGAUAAACAAGUCAACUUUGAUGAGAAUAGAAAGAAUUGCGAUGAUACUCCUAUAAAAUUUGGAAUCAUGAAAAAUGAAUCAGUCGGGAAGAACUGGGGACAAGGUGGAGAAAGUUUGAAUAUGUGGAGGACAAGACCAAAGCUUGGACGCCCAAAUUCACCACGACCAUCUAAUGAUAAAAAACAAGCAGACCGUGCUAAUGUUGUAGAAUUGAUAAAUGGAAAUAAUCAAUUCAAUACUCUGAGUGGAACAGUCAAAAAACUUCCAACUGAAACAUUGAAAGAACAUGGUCUGAAGAAAUCUUUAAGCAUGGAAUCCGUAUUUGAAGGAGAUGGUACAAAAAUGCGCCCAAAUUUCGAAUGGCGGAUGGGCGACGAAUGUGUUUCCUUAGAAAAGUAUAUAAAUGUGUAUACUAGAAAUCCAGAAGAAUUGUACGAAGCUGUUAAAAAACGGGCUAUUGAAAAAGAGGAAGAAGAAGACUACGAGGAAAAUGAAUUGUACCAUGAAGAAAUCAAAGCUAGUCUUAUCGGUAUCGAUGAAACUAAAAUGAAGUCAAAUUUAAGAAUUUUAGAUAAGUUUAUAAGAGAAGAAGAAGAAAAAGAAAAAGCUAAAUCACAACUGAAACAAGUCAAAACUCUGAAUGCUGAUGAGGCAAUAGAUGGCACCCUUAAUGAAAAAAUAAGAGUCGAUGAGGAAAAUACAGUUCUGCAACCUGACCAAACCAAAAGUUGUUAUGAGGAUAUAGACGGUACAGAUGGAGUCGGUGUUGAGAAGAAAUUGAAAACUAGCUUUGGCAUAAUUGAAGAAAUCAAAGUUAGUCUAAUCAGUACCGAUAAAGCUAAAAUUGAAUCAAAUUUGAGAAUUUUGGAUAAUCUGAUAAAAGGAGAAGAAAAAAAAGAAAAAGAAAAAUUACAACUGAAACAAGUCCACAUUGAGAAUGCUGACCAGGCCGCCGUAGAUGUUACUGGAAUAAGCGACGAGAAGGAAAUAAUAGUUCUGCCACUAGACCAAACCGGAAGUUGUUGUGAGGAUACAGACGGUACAAAUGAAGUUGGUUAUGAGAAGACAAUUAAUACUUGUUUUGACAUAAUUUUUGAAAAACCAAAGAAAAGAAUGUCUAAACCCAAACUCUCCUCCGAGAAAAGAAAAACCGCCAACCUGAUGCCUGACGUGAUAGACCGGAAUAUUAAGAGGAAUGAAAACAAAGACGAUGUAAAACUGGAGGAAAAGAAAAUUAAUACUAGUUUUGAAAUUUUGUUUGAAAAACCAAAGAGACAUACUAAACCCAAACUAUCCUCGGAAAAUAGAAAAACCUUCAAUCUAAAGCCGAACGUCACAGACCAGAAUAUUAAGAGCAAUGGAAAUAUUGAAGAUGUUAAACUGGAGGAAAAGAAAGUUAAUACUAGUUUUGAAAUUAUGUUUGACAGUCCACUCAAAAAAAGGACUAAACCAAAACUCACUUCUGGUGGAAGAAAGGCAAAGUUUCAAAUUGAUGAAAAGAAAGAUAAAAGUCAUGAUAACGAACAAAAAGAAGAUGCAACAACUGAUGACAGUCAAGUUGCUGUUGAAAAUGUUGGUAGUGCAUACAAAGAAGAGCAUGCAUUAAAGCCAAAUGUAAGUUUUGAUGUCUUUUUCGAGAGUCCCAAGAAACUGAAACCUAAACCAAAGCUGAGCUUUAUCAAAAGAAAGCAGGAAAACGAAACAAAAUGCAAAAGUGACGUUAGCAAAGUCCUAAAAGGAGAGAAGCAUGCGAAAUUGCCUAUAGUACCUAUUAGAACAACUGUGGAAAAACUAUCAAAUAGAGGAAAUCUCGGAGGAAAAGUUACAAAGGGAAAAAUCGCGAGAAAGGUAACUAGUGACGUCAUCAGGAAAGAUGACAAUGACAUUAGGUUCCGAUUCUCAUUUCUCCAUGGCACCACUAUUAUCCCAAGCAGAAUCCCUGUUAUGGUUAGGAGAUUUGACGAAAAAAACAUGUCUUUAACCGAUCUAAACAAAGAGAAGCCACGCUUUGAUUCUGCCAGAAGUAUUCCUGUCCGUGUAUUGAGGAUUACUAAAACAUGCCCGAUGUCUGCAAGAUCGUACCCGGAGAGCAAAAUAUCAGUUAGACGAGGAACUGAUAUUAAAAUCAAUAGCACAGGAAAUGCUAAAAGUCCGAACGGUGAUGAUAGAAGAUCGCCUAGAAAGAGAGAGAGAGGUACAAAAUUGCCCAGAAUCACAAAAAAAUCUAGAAUACCGGUCCGAAUAAAGGGGUUUGUUUGGAAUACGAACGAGAGUGAAGACAAGCGAAAAACAGAUGAACGUAGACGCUCACUUGCAGCUUUAAGUAGAAUUCCAAUUCCAAAAGAUAAAAUACAUCGUCCUAGUGACUGCAUAAUACCAAGACUUGAUCCGAAUGAACAUUUACCACAAAUAUUUCAUAGUUAUUUAAAGAGAGAAGAGCAAGUUAAAAUUCCCGAAGCAAAUCGAAAUCUUGUUUCCGCUACUCCCAUGACCAUAGGCGAGAAAGGCGAAAGAACUUGUCCAUGUUCAACAUCAGCAUUCCUGCAGUUACCGGCAAUACAUACCAAGAAUGCAAUGGUAAACACAAGUCAUCCUGUAUCAACACCAGGAUUAAAUCGUUCCACACAGAAAAGACGAAAGGAAUCCUUAGAUGAAAACAGAAUAUUGUCACCUUCUGUUAUGGGAAAGUUACCACCAAUCGUCUGCAGAAGUGACACGUAUGUAAACCGACCAUUGUCAGCCUCUGGAUUAACAAUACUUCCGCCAAUAAAUAGUACAAGCAAAACAACGGAAAUGGAACGUCCGAUGUCGUCUGUAAGGUUAUCGACGUUGUUAACCGCCUUUGCGAAUACAGAACCCCGACCUCUAUCGGCAUGUGGAUCACCAAAAGUUCCUCCAAUUAUAGAUGGCAAUACGUUCGAAAUGUAUCGUCCUACGUCAUCAUUAUCUGGGUAUGCACUACUUCCACCUAUUCCAAGUUAUAAGCGAGGCUCAGUUGAAGACGAUAAAGUACCAGUUGAAGAAUCAAACCGAUCGAGAGGAAACUGAUGUAUUACCCAAAA